AAAGACGUGGAGUUGUGAGUUGCUGGAAGCGGCAAUUAGCUUCUGGAUUUGGGAGCCGCUGCAUCAAGAAGAGCAAGAGACCUCCACUACAUCAAAUUCAACUCGAAGAUCAAGAAGACUCGCUCCAAAUUUGGAAGAGACAGCUGUUGCAUCCAUAUUCCAAAUCUAAUUUUUUCUUGAAUCUUUCAAAUCAAUCUCAUGGAACCUCCUCCAUCUAUAAUAAGAAAGAGAUUCAAUAGAGGUACAAAAUGGCCAUGCAUCUCCCGAAGAGCUUUGUGGUAGUGGGAGCACAACAAAAUGCAACUUGCAGCUCAAAGGGAAAAAAAUUAAUUUCUGAUGUUUGGCAGGAUAUGGAUAGAGAAGUUUUGGGAAGUGGGAACAUUCGUGCAACUUGUCAUCACUGUCAUAAGGUCUUUACUGCUAAUAGUACUAGUGGCACAUCUCAUCUUAAAAGACAUAUUGAUCGUUGUUCUGCACGUAAGUAUCGUGAUUUAAAAAACUUUUGCAUUAGUAAUAGUGUGACAGUUGGACCAGAGACUAGUACAAAUUUGUCACUAGACAAACCUUUACCUAGUUUGGAUGCAAUUCGUGAGGCUAUGUGUGUAUAUUAUGCUUCUUGUGCACAACCAUUUAGUAUGGUGGAGUCUCCAGGAUUUAAGUAUUUUAUGAGUGUUGUUGCCCCUCAUUUCCAUCAAAUAAGUAGGACUACAAUUCAGAGAGAUAUAUUGAGUCAAUAUAAGAAGCAUAAGCUUAUUGUUCUUGAAGAGUUGCAAAGUGCUCCAGGCCGUAUAAGUUUCACUACGGAUAACUGGAGGAGUGAACAUACGGGUGAUGAGUUUAUGUGCAUAACUGCACAUUGGAUUGAUAGACAAUGGAAACUACAAAAGAGAAUCAUAAAAUUUGGUGCUUUAUCUCCUUCACUUGAUGGUGCUUCUCUUGCUGAUGAGGUUUUACUGAGUUUGGGUGAUUGAAAAAUAUCUUAUAAGGUAUUUUGUUUUACAGUCGAUAAUGCAUCCUAUAAUGACACUAUGAUUUCUUCUCUUAAAAGGCACUUGUUAAGGAAAAAUUCUUUGAUGUUGCGAGGGGAUUUUUUCACAUCUGGUGCUCUUGCCACAUUAUUAAUUUGAUUGUGCAGGCUGGUUUGAAAUUGAUUGAUGUUGUUGUCAUUAAGAUACGGAAGAUUGUGUCACAUUUGAGACAUUCCAUGCCUAAAAAAAAGUUCUACGAGAUUGCUUCCACUAAUUUUGGGUUAAAUACUACCAAGAAGUUGCGUUUAGACAUGCCCAUUAGAUGGAAUUCUACUUUCACCAUGUUAGAUCGGUUUAUAUAUUUUCGUGAUGCUAUUGAUAGUUUUGUUAAUAAGAACUUAGAUAUGAAGGACUAUGCUCUAAGUGAAGAAGAGUGGUCAAAAGUAUCUUUGCUUAAGAAGUUCUUGCAAGUAUUUUAUGAUGUAACCAAUGAAUUUUCAGCUUCUAACUCUCCAACCUCGAAUCUAUACUUUUGUGGAGUGUGGAAAAUUCAUAGGAUGCUACUUAAGGUAGA